AAGAAUUGUUUUAUUUAUAAUAUUUUACAUGUGUAUUUAGUAUUUACAUAUUGCUUACAGUAGGUAGAAUAAAUAUAACUAGUUGAUAUAGUUAAAUUAUUCGCGUAAUCAAAUACUAAUUUCUUUGGUAAUAUUCCACCUUGAUAAUAUGGAUUAGAUGAUGGUAGUUAGCUUACUAGUAUUGCAUUGAUACACUUGUAUGAAACAGUAGGGUAGUAAUUGUUGUGUUUCAGGAGAUGUACCCUUUUGAGCCACCAUUUGUUCGUGUUGUCCACCCGGUUAUCAGCGGGGGUUACGUGCUUGUUGGUGGUGCCAUCUGUAUGGAGCUUCUCACAAAGCAGGGCUGGAGUUCUGCGUACACAAUUGAAGCUGUGAUCAUGCAGAUUGCGGCAACGUUGGUUAAGGGUAAAGCAAGAAUCCAGUUUGGGGCAAACAAAGCAGGCAAAGUUAGCGGGCAGUAUAGUUUGGCUCGGGCACAGCAGUCAUUCAAAUCACUUGUACAGAUUCAUGAAAAGAAUGGUAAGUCUCACAUUUUUUAGAUUUCCCUAUUUUAG